AUGGCGCGGGAGGAGGAGGAGUACCCGGACGAGGGGGAGGAGCGGGUGAUAAACGAGGAGUAUAAGAUCUGGAAGAAGAACACGCCGUUCCUCUACGACCUCGUCAUCACGCACGCGCUCGAAUGGCCGUCGCUCACCGUGCAAUGGAUGCCAGAGCGCCAAGAACCGGCAGGGAAGGACUAUUCCGUCCAACGCAUGGUCCUGGGGACGCACACGUCGGACAACGAGCAGAACUACCUCAUGCUCGUGGACGUGCAGCUGCCCCUUGACGACACAGAGACGGACGCGCGGCAGUAUGACGAGCAGCGCAGCGACGUUGGGGGAUUUGGUGCUGGGUGCGCCAAGGUGCAAGUGGUGCAACAGAUUAACCAUGAGGGCGAGGUGAACAGAGCGCGCUACAUGCCACAGAACCCCUUCCUCAUCGCCACCAAGACCGUUUCUGCUGAGGUAUUCGUGUUCGACUACAGCCGGCACCCCUCAAAACCCCCUCAGGAGGGCACAUGCAACCCCGACCUGCGCCUGAGGGGCCACAAGACGGAGGGGUACGGGCUGUCCUGGAGCCCCUUCCGCGCUGGUCACCUGCUGAGCGGGUCAGACGACAUGCAGAUCUGCGUGUGGGACAUCGGGGCUGCUACUAAGGCGAAUAAAGUGGUGGACGCCAAGCAUGUCUUUCGGGCGCACACGGGGGUGGUGGAGGACGUGGCGUGGCACUGCCGGCACGAGUACCUGUUUGGGUCCGUGGGGGACGACCAGCAGCUGCUGCUCUGGGACCUGCGCUCCUCCGCUGUUGACAAACCCGCCCAUGCGGUUACCGCACAUCCUGCUGAGGUGAACUGCCUGUCGUUUAACCCCUUCAACGAGUGGGUGCUGGUGACAGGCUCAGCUGACAAGACCGUGGCUCUGCAUGACAUCCGCAAUCUCUCUAGACGCCUGCACACGUUUGUUCAACACACGGAGGAGGUGUUUCAGGUGGGCUGGAGCCCCCAGAACGAGACCAUCCUGGCCUCCUGUGGGGCCGACAGGCGACUCAUGGUCUGGGACCUCAGCAGGAUCGGCGAGCAGCAGGCGCCAGAAGAUGCCGAGGAUGGGCCGCCCGAGCUACUUUUCAUCCACGGGGGGCACACGAGCAAAAUAUCUGACUUUUCAUGGAACAGCAAUGAUGACUGGCUCUGUGGAGAAGCAGCCGGGUGGACGGAUGACAGAUGGUACAGGUGCUGUCUUACUACCCACCUAGUUCUCAAAUACGAGCAGCAGCACCAUUAG